AUGAAGCUCGCAGUUAUAUCACGCCUAUCGCAACUCAAACACAUAUUGCUGAUGUUUUUGGUGACAGUGGCGUCCUCGAUCCCUUCAGGCUGUCCAGACCGCUGCGUGUGUGAUGACCAGCAUGUUGUCCAGUGCGCUGAACAAGAUCUCCGCAGAUUUCCAUCAGGACUUCCGCUGACCACGCGUCAACUCAUCCUGUCCAACAACCGCAUCUCUGACUUACCUGCGCUCGAGCUCAAUUACCUGUCCGACCUCAUGUUCCUGGACUGCAGCAAUAACUCACUCACUCACAUAUCGGAAUCCACGUUCGGGAACCUGAGAAAACUGGCAUACCUGGACCUGUCAUUCAACUCUCUCUGUAAGAUAGAGGAGCAGACGUUCAGAGCACUGGAGAGUCUGGUGAUGUUGAGACUGACGGAUAACCCGACGCUGACAGACUUUCACCCGCAGGCUUUCUCUCAGUCGAGUGCCCUUCAGGUGCUGGACAUCAGCAGAAAUAAUCUGACGAGGCUCAAUGUGAGUUCACUCGUGGCAUUGGCCGAGCUCAGGUCUCUCGGGCUGAGCGGGAACCCUUGGCUGUGCGCCUGCGACUCGGAGGAGCUCUGUGUCUGGAUGCAUAAUCACAACUUUAAAUUUCAAGAAGAGGGCCAGACGGUAUGUGAGGGACCUCCUUACCUGCGGGGGCAGCGUCUGUCUGAGUUGGGCCUCUGGCUGAGAAGACAGUGCCAUCCAGGCUUGGGUCAUCAAGAUUACCUGUUCUUUGUGGCCAUUGGUUUUGUCAUCUUUGCCGUGGGAAUCAUAAUGGCAUGGACAGCCGGUAUGGUGAUAGUGCUUUGCCAACGCUGUGCGAAAUGGAGGAAGAACAGACCAAACAUUGAUGCGACAGAAGAGGAUAUUAAAAGUGGGAAAAGAGGACACAGGGGUUAA